AUGUCAAAAGCAUCCGUAAAGGGGCAGAACGCCCUGGAAGAAAAGUGCAGUGGACUCACCGAGUCGUUCAAAGCCAUGAUUAGUGAGCUUUCUAGAGGAAGUCAGAUGAAACAAAAGUAUCUAAAGGCUAUCAGUGAUGUUGAGGAGUUCUCUAAAACUUGCAGAACCGACAAGGACGUUGAACAUGGAAAGUUAGAGAGUAACGCAGAGUCACCAGAGAAUGUUGCAGAGCAAAACGAGCAGUAUCUUCUAAAGGCCAAUCAAACAUCUUCUACUCCAUACAACGGAAUCAAGAGUAGCUAUGAGAACUCCAAGUUCCCUUUCAAAGUUUGCAUCGUAGCGAUUUUGGAAGGUGUAGAACACUGUAAAUCAAAAGGAAAAACUCUUUUACCGCUUAUUUCCGCUAUACAACAUCUACUGUGUAUAUCUGAUUUGCUAUUGGAAGGAGAUGUGGAAGACAAGGGUGUCCAUCUGAUGCUAGGGGAUUUAUUCAAGGCGUUUGAGAUCAUUUCAUCUUCUAGUGUGGAGUCAGUACUUUUGCGGCUUGUUCAAACAAUUCUGCAACUAUGUUCACAAAACUCUCAGAUUCUGCACUUUGGCGAUCUAAUAAUCCAUGCAUUCCAUAUUUUUGAUUCGCUUCUCCCGCAAAGUAAAGUGGAAACUGUCGUAAAAUGCGGAUUGAGACAACUGGUUUCAUGCAUAGCUGCUCAAAAUGUGAUAGGAUGUAUAAUGGCGCCAAAUAAGCUUCGUAACGAAGAUGUUAUUCUUAAACUUGUGAAGAUUUUGUGUGAAACGGUAAAUAAUCUGGACAUGAUGAUCGCUCUACCAAAAGUUACAAAAUCAGGAUAUGGACUUUUCAAAAGAGACAAGGAUUCCCAGCAGGGAAAAAUCCUCCGUAGUAACACACAUGAUAGCGCUAAAAUGGAGGCUUUACAGAAUUCUGCGAAAACAGAUGAUAAAGGUGCCGGACGAGUGCUUGAAAAUUCAAAAGAUCUCGUGCUGCACAAUUUUGACGGAAAGUUUGCGUUCGAUAUGCUCUUGAUAUUAAUAGAUUCUCUUCCAUCUGGAACUCUUGUUACAGCUUGUUCUUUACAGAGUGCAUUAAACACUGAUAUUUUACCAUGUAUAAAUCGUUUGUUUUCCAAUGGAAAUCCUCAGGAUGCAUCAACUCUGCUCAUAAAGGUUUUGGUUGGGCACAUUUAUUAUGCUGAAAGUCACAAGAGCUGUGAAAUUGGAGUACAAAUAUCUUUGGAACCAUUUGAAGAGUUUAUAUACAAGGGAAUUGAAUCUUUAACAAAUGAUAAAGAAGCCGUCUCAGACAAGCAAACAUCAAAGGCGUGGAUGAACUGUUUCAAACAACUCUUGGGCUCUCCUGAAUUUGUUUAUGCAUCAAUGUGUUCAAAUCUAAUACACAAGGAGAUUUUGGAAGCAAUAACAAAAUUUCAGGAUAGGGAAGCUGAGAGCAUACAAUAUCGCGUUAAUUUAUCAAUCGCUCCGGAGACUAAUAAUUCUAUGCCUGUGGAACCCUGGCAUAAAAAAUACACAUGUCAAAUUUCACACUUGUUGCGUCCGCUUCCACUUUUUAGUAUCGAGGUAAAUGCAGAUUCUUGUGCACUAGACAUUAACAAUAUGCACAAGGAUUUUUCCAUAGAGAACGUAUAUUUGCAGUGUGUAUACAAUUAUAUCUCCACUCUAUACACGGUAACCUUGAAUUGUUUAAGAGAUACUGUCUACUAUGUCCCAUACAAAAUUCUUUAUAUGGAUGGGAGUGGAAUCAAAUGUAGUACUAACAUGGAUUUUAGGUCAGAUGUAGAAACUAUUAUUGGGAUUAUAAAAGGAUUUAAAAAAUAUGAUCGCGCAGUAUUCACGUGUUUGCAAAGUUUAUUAGUUGUAUGUAAAUUAAAGGGGCUAGAUCGUGCAUAUGAAGAAUGUAUCAAUUUGAUUAUCGGCAAGAGUUUAGAAAAUAUAAAGUCAGGGGUAGGAUACGACCCUAAUUUUCCCCUAAACUCUACCAUGUGUAUGUGCUCCAUCGUCGUCAAUUUUUCGGGUAUUCUUACUCAAGAGGCUUGGUUUCUGAUAUUAGAAAAACUCUUUAGAAUUUUAUAUGAAAACGACCCAGAAAGCGGUGAACUUGUAAUGUAUGGGAAAUCCACGGAUAGUCCCAAAAAUUCCUUGGUGGAUAAAAGACAAAUGAGUGAUUCCAAGAGCAGUCAAAAGCUAAACGAUAAAGGCAAGGUAGAAAAUAUGAAAAUGGGAGGGUCUGUUCAGUAUUUUACGAGGAAAUUUGUCCCUAUAAUUUGGAGUAUUUUCAAAUCUAAAGUUGAAGCUUUUGAUUCUGAGACUCUCUCAAAAUUUUUGAUAGCAUCAGGGUUGUUGACAAUUCACCGGAUACAUGAAAACAUUAUCACAGGUAAUUUUUCAGAUGAGCAACCAAACGGUGAUGUCGACGCAAGAGACGAACAUGGAGACUAUGAAACAUUUAUGGAGCCUGUUUCUCACUUUGUGCAAGAUUGGGAAGAUUUGUAUAUACAAAUCUCUGGUGGAUCUACAAGGUACAAUGGAACUCACUUUGAGAGAUAUUUGAACUAUAUAUUUAGUCAACCUUUGCCAUUUUGGUGUUCUCCGAGAGAAAAACUACGCUACCACAAGUUUUUGAUAAAGGCGUACAUUGCAUGUACCGAGAAUGUCCCAUUUACAAGCUACAAAAUGGUCACAAUGUUAAACUCUAUGAUUCUAUACAGUUGUUUUGCAUCGCAUGAGGCUAUGCCAGGUCUAGAAGUUGUGACAUCUUAUAUUGCAAAGAAAACCUGUUCAUUAAUGACACAAGUUUGUAUCUCAGAUAAACACUCUGAGGACAGUAUUGAAGCUUUGGUGUUCCUCUUGUACCAGCUUAGUAUAGAAUGCAAAUUUGGGUCUUUGAAUCGCCAAGAAAACUUUGUGGGUAUUACACUAGAACAAAUUCUCUCUGGUCUUUAUUCACUUGUACUUUCUGUUUUUAACAUUUUGGAAAGGAGCGAUCGGAUGUUGGAAAUUCUCCAUACUUUGACAGAAAUAUGCGCGGUAAAUAGUGGUGAUGAAGAACAAAGUAAGGAAACCUCUGGAUACUGCGGUAAUAUCGAUGUACUUAUAGACAUAUUUGCAUCUCUAGUAGAAAACUCACUGGAUUAUUUAAAUGAGAAGGCAUGUGAAAAGUUUGCAAAAUGUCUCCAUAUGCUUGCAAGCGCCAUAUUUAGCGACAAUGUAAUCUUUAGGAUCAUCGGAUUAAUGGUAAACUUUGCAGAUCACAUUAUGAAGUUGAUUCCAGAUGGUGUUGAUUCAGAUGAGAUUGUAAAUGGAACGAACCGUGCCUUGUUAUGCACAACACUUGCCAUAUUUAGAGUGGCUUGUCUCUCAAGCAAUGUGAGUAAGAAAAACUGUGCAAUAAAAUCGCUGGCGCUAUUUAUACAAACUCAUUUGCAUUCCUUUGAUAAAGGACUCUGGGAUUACACUUGCAAGGAUGUCUUAUAUUGUAUAUCUGAAGAACUUAGAGACAGGGUGGAUCUGGAAGUUAGAAAGUAUGCUGCAUCAGAGGCCGGUAGUGCUCCUGCAGACGUAUCUGUACAUAACACUGUAUCUGCGCUUUCCGAGACUCAAUCACUCUUGCUAGCUUGCAAAGAAUUUUCAGGUGCAAUGGUUGGUUCUAGUAGACUAUAUUGCGCAGUAGAUGUGCUUAAUUCUUUGCUGCGUGGAAUUGGAUCCUCUGUAAAUGCAAUUUUGAACAUAAAAUCCUCGAUUGUUGAUCUAAAACAACCCUUUUCAACCUUGUCAACGAUACUCAUAGAAUACAGAGGUCUCCAAAGUGUAUGGAAUACGGGUUUACAUUUGUUGGACAGAUUGCAGUCUGAAGAGACAAAACAUGGAAUAUAUCUUGUUUUGUGUGCGGUAUUGACCGAUCCAAAUGCAGAAAUGGGACAAACGGAAGAAAUAGUCAGGGUGUGUUUAGGAAAGGAUCUUGUUCUUCCUUCUCCCAGAAGCACUGAUGAAGAACUGCUUCCAUUUGUGGUUCCGCCAUGGUUUUACGAACAUAAUGACUACGAUUGUCGUGUUCUCGAGUUACCGGAAUAUGUUUACCAGGGCUCUCAAGUGAAGAUUGUUUCUUCAAUGGCAUCCGUUUUGAAAAUUGAGUUACGCGAUAAGAUUGCAAAUUCAGUUGGAAUUCUGCAGGAUAUGCAACUUUUACAGCUAGUCAGUAUGAAUUAUGUUCCAAAUAUUCUGACACAUCAAGGAGUAUAUAUACAGUCUACUGAUGGCAAUGUUGACAUUAAAGGUACUCUAUCGGAUAGCAGUACCAUGGAAAACAUCACUGCGUAUUUGAAGGAACCUCCACUCUUCAAGGUGGCUCUAGGAAAUACUCAAUUCACUCCUAUCUUUUCGUGCAUGAAGAGUAUAAAGGAGGCUAGUAGUCUUGUCUCACUUGUAAACUGUCUGGUAUGUAAACUUUUGAGAAGAGAGAUUGAAGACUUGGCAAUGUCAUUACAAUUCUUGGACUACAUUGCGAAUACUUUUCACGAACUAGUACUCAAAUUUGUACAGGAGUGCGUAGAUGGAGGAAAAGAUGGCUGUAAAUGUUCAAAUAUGAACAAUUCUACUCCAAGGGGGAACCAGGGAGCGGUUGAAAUUAAAGUAUCUCCAAGAGGUCUUGAUCUAGAGGAUGAGGGCGAGCAAGUGAUAUCGGCGCGUUCAGAAUCAUUUGGAAUGUACACUUGUGUAACAAUAGACAUAACAAAGAAGAGCUCAUACACUGUAAAUGUGGAAUACAUAGAUGACAUCAUCUCCAAUAUCAUGUCUUUACAGGAUGAUGCUGCUGACACUACAACGUCCACAAUGUUCCGAAAUGGUAUACUGGUAUCUGCGCCUAUUAUAUUGGAUGCACUUGUAAAAUUCACAGAAUGCAAUCCGCAUACUGAAAUUUACAUUAUAUCCUAUCAAUGUGCGCUUGACAUUGCAAAAUGUGCCUAUGUUGGAGCCUUCUUUGACAUGCACAUUAAUGGCUUUGCAAAUAGGGAAUCUUUAAUGAACUAUUGGUGUGCGUUGCGAGAUUCUUUACUCUUUUAUCGAAAAUCGGCGCCACUGGAGUCUUCUGGGAUAAACUUUACUACAUUGCUCCACUCAAUCGCAAUUGAAUUUGUAACUUCGCUGGUGAUAUCUCCCUUUAGCAUCGCACCUCAUUUUGCGUCUCUAACGUUUGUAGACAUCUUGGAUUCUUAUGUAACAUCCAAAUCUCCCAUCCUCUGCAGAAUUGCACUCCAACGACUUUCAGAUGCAGCAACGUGCCCUCAAGUAUAUGAUGGAACCGAAUGCAAAAGGGUUGAUGAAGAAGACAUUGAAAACUAUUACACUCUUUACUACCGCCUUUCUUAUGUAAAAAGCGCAUUCUUUCUGCUUUUUAAACAUUUAAAAUCGUUCAUGAAAGGAACUGAUGUCGAAAAACUUGCAGCCAUGCAAAUUGCGGAAACAAUUGUUACACCUCCAACCAAAGCGUUAUUCAACAAACAAGAAAUGGAACAACAUAAACUACUAGAAUGUAAUCAGAAACCAAUGCUAUAUCUACUCCAUGAUGAUAUACUGGAUGGACUAAAUGGAUCGGAACGAGUAUCACAAGCAUCAAAGAAGUUGCUAAAUCUACUCUUGAAAUCUCUCGGCGUUGCCAAGUUUGACAAGUGA